UAAUAGGCAGAAGUUAUGGCAAAUCCCUGUGGCGAAUUUCGUAAAGAUAUGCAGAAAGGUGUUGCUUUGGCAGCACCACAAGGAACAACCCUAUUACCAGCCUGUUCCAUGGCAACGAUUCAAAGUCAAAGCACACCUGCAACGCCAAUACGACCACGAUCACUUUAUACAUCACACAGUUAUCAUGCACAAACUGAGGACACUAAUUUUCAACGGUAUAGUGAAUUUUCCAAGUACUUUGAAACACCGCCAGCAGAUCAGUGGAAUGGUAUAACAGGAGCAACCACUUAUUCGAGUUCAGCAGCUAUUUGGAGACAGCCAAGGACUUCAAAAACAAUAGCUACUCCGUAUUACACAGCUGAGGAAGCCUGUGUUUAUACGGAAAAUUGGAGAGAACAUGAAAGCACUGAUGCGAGUGUAGGAGGUGCUAUUGCAACACCACAUGGCACUAUUUCUUUGAGACUUCGUAAUAGGAUUAGAGUCGAUAUGACAGUGGAUCGUGCUGUAAGAGUGAUCAAUUUUAAGAAUAAUAUUGUGCUUUCGUUAAGCUGUUCUGGAGCUGCUGCUGCAUUAUUACAUCCAAAUGGAAGAAUAUAUCAAUAUGGAUCGCGCGUUGAAAUUUUAGCUCACGAUACCCAUGGAAAUAAUAAGUUAGUUGUAAAACAUUACAGAAAGAAAAAAAAAAUACAUUAUAAUCAAAUUUGUAUUUCCACCUAUACUAUUAGAUAUGCGAAGAUGUGGUACAAGGGUGUCAGUUUUACUUGUGAACAAUGUGCUCUUGUAUAUUUAGUGGAUGCAGCAGGAACCAGAACUACUACUGACUCGUUUUCGGAUAUGAGUCAAGACUUUUCCUUAAGCGUUUUUUAUUCUGGCUCGCGACAUGGAUCGUCGUGCUUUCAAGAAGCAAUCACAGCACUUGGAGCUGCUCAAUAUUGGAUGACAGAUGAAGGUGUUGAAAACUGGAUCAUCAACAAUGUCAGAAUUUCCCAGACCCCAGAUGGUCUUGUCAGAAUUGCGCGUAACAGCAAUAAGUAUCAACUACGAACUUCGCCUAGCAAUGGAACAGCAUCCCUGACGACACCUUUUUUACAUUGCACAGCAUCACUGGGCCAAACAUCUCAUUUAUUUGUACGUCGAGGAGAGCGGCGCAUGCAUUAUGAUGGAACAAGUUUCAUUGUACGCAAUGCAGGACACAGUGCUGGAUUUGACGACAAUGACCAGUUGAAAGUUUACUGAAAA